GAAGGCCCUGAGAAGCUUGGACAUUCGACCAAGCAACGCAAAAAGUUGCAGACGGCUCUGCUGGCGCUUGAGCGCCGCGCCCUUGAGGCGCGUGUCAGACGUGCUCUCCCUGUGAUGUGGGCAGUGACUUCCGCCAGCAAGGUCUUCGCUUGCGCUAGGCUGCCAGAAGCACUUGGCGUAUGGUGCCUUUUGAAGUGCCGCCUCGAGGAAGCCUUGGACACAUGCGACUUCAAGGACUCCGGUGAGAGCAAUGGCACGGUGGACCUCAGGAAGGACAAAGUGCGCGAACUCUAUGCACAACGGCGACAGCAGUUUUGCAACGACGUGGUGCUGGCGGCGAGCGUUUUUGACCCACGCCCUCUUUCUGGUCUCGAAGAGCCAGAUCACAUGCAUGCAGCUUUUGUGAUGGCCAGAAAGCUUCUCCCGAAGAAGUUUUUCGACUCGACCGAGGUUCAGGAGGCCUGUGUCUCUGACUUGGACGACUACCGCGCGAAGAAGGGCUUGUUCCGGGACACGGACUUCCCAGCAUGGGAUGCACCUCUGUCAGAGGUCAUCUCAUGGUGGAAGAGUGGCCAGCCUUCAAAGCCUCUGGCUGUCAUGGCUGACAAGUUUUGGUCCUGCACAACGUCGCAAGGGCAGUGCGAACGCUACUGGGCCUUGGCGAACAGGGAUCGCUGUGCCAUCCGGAACCGUCUGGCCAUUGAGACGCAGAGCAAGCUGCAAAGUGUAGCCAUUAAUCUCUGGGCCGUGGUGCCGGACAUGCCCGAGCCC